GGAUGGUUACGCGCGGAGCGUACGGCGGCGGUUGCAAGGUUUAGGGUUUGAUAUUUCGCGGCCGCGAAAGGGUGAGAGAGAAGCGAGGGAUCGCAUGAAUCCGGACGCGAAGCGGCGCGCGACGCGAUGAACGCGACGAGCCUGUAUGUGUCGACGUGUCGACUGGUGCUGCAGGCGGAUGCCGAGGAUCCCAACUCCUGGACGGAUCUCUACAGAUUGGUACCGUAUCUGCGGCAGAGCCUCAGUUGUACCGUCUGCUCGAAUCUGCUGAUCGAACCACACACGCCGACCGAGACCAACUGCCAGCAUCAUGUAUGCCGUGGCUGUCGCGGUGGCCGCAAGAAGCUGAAGCCGUCAUGUGGCUGGUGCAAGGACUAUGACAAAUACAUAGAGAAUGUGCAACUGCGGAUAUUAUUGCAGUGCUAUAAGAAGCUGUGCGAGUAUCUAACCAGUACCGGGAUUUACCGUACUCUGUUGCUCACUGUCACGUCCGCGAACAAUGCUACCACCAAUGGCGCACCACCCACUAUUGAUGCUACCGUCAAUCUCAUGGAGAUUAUCCAGGAAGGUGCGGGCUUCAAAGAUGAGUUCAAGAGCAAUGCCGGUCUGUCUAAAUCUGCAUAUAGUAUCCUACCGUGCGUUUAUACCAGUACUACCUCUACUCAGACACAGGCGAAUAACAUCCAAACCACUGAAGCAAUAUCCCAGAAUAUACCUGAAUCGCCAACAAUUCGUACAGUAUCGAAUGGAUCCUCCAUAUAUUCUGUGAUGUACGCUGGAUCUGGUAACAAAAUUACUAUAAAACGGAAAGCGGCAGCUACAGAGGACACAGAAAAAACAGGACAACAGGAUACAGAUGGAAAUCAGCACGGCACUGUAGGAGGGGUAAAAUGCAUUCCGUCUUCCCACCUUAAAUAUGGGACCCCUUCUGAGAAAAAAUCUUCAAAGAGCAGCAAACAGUCGUCAGGCAGUUUUAAAAAGCCAAGGUCAAGUUCUACUAGAAGUAAAAGAAAAGGAUGCAGAUGCGGAAAUGCCACUGCAAUACCUGGAAAACUUACGUGUUGUGGUCAAAGAUGUCCCUGUUAUGUUGAAAGUAAACCUUGUGUGGAGUGUAGAUGUAGAGGUUGCAGAAAUCCUCAUACAGCAGAUGGAUUAAAGAUCCGUCCACAUAUACCUGAACUUCAUAAUUUACAAUUACAACUGUCCACUUCUUUGGAUUGCGACGCGCUAAGUGGAGAUCCUCUAGGAUCCGUGCCGCAAUGUCUCUCGACGUCUCCUACAACGAUACAAGUGUUAAAUGUAUAUUCUACUCCGAGACUAGACAUUGACAAUGUACCACAGAAUUUACCUGCCGCUUUGUUAGUGGGUGAAGAUGCUAUGGUAAGUACUGAAAGUGAAGCGGAAGAUAGUGAUAUACAAAUCGAUGUGUGACAAAGUAUUUAAAUGGACAUGGCAGAGGACUGUACCACACCAGUGAUUAUCAAAGUGUGACGAAUGCGCGUCUGAACAGGGAAAGAACGCGUCAUGUAAAUAGCUCAAUUAGAACCAUUAAAACGAAUAAUUACAAGAAUCAAAAACAUAAUUAUGA